AUGGAGACCACCGUGUCUCCGUUGGACAGCUCACCGCUCCCAUUCCUGCAUUUGAUACAGCAGCUCAAGCAUCUGCCCCGAACUGGGUGGCUAAGAACGGUCGAGAACCCAGAGAGCGUCGCUUCCCACAGCUUUCGACUCGCAUUGAUAGGCUUGUUUGCGCCAAAGGGACUAGAUAGAUCGAGGUGUAUAUUCCUAGGGCUAUGCCACGAUCUUGCGGAGUCGGUCGUUGGAGAUAUCCCAACGUAUGCGGGUGUUCCAAAAGAACAGAAGUACAAGCUCGAGCGCUCCGGUUUCGAAUACAUCGAAAGCUUGGUAAAGCCUUGCAACCCCGAUCUCGCUCAAGAGAUUAUAGAGGCCUGGCUCGACUACGAGGAGGGAAGGACCCCGGAGGGCCGCUGGGUGAAGGAGAUGGACAAGUUUGAGUGUUUGACCCAAGCCUACGAAUACGAGCAACGGACCUACGGAGAGAAGGAUCUACAAGAGUUUCAGGGCCUAGCGCCCAAGAUCCAGUCCCCGGAAGGAAGGGAGUGGUUGAGCUUGUUGCAGGCAGAGAGGAAGGCCCAUUUCGGGAAGCGGAACCGUCGGGUUCCCGUUAUAUUUGCCCCGGGCUUGCCUUCCGUUCUCGACGACCCCGUCCAGCAGGCUUUCGCCGCCGAUGAAGCUUGGCUUCAGUGUCUCUUCUGGGAAAGCGCUAUUCGAGAACGGUCUGAGGACCCUACAUUCCUCCAUGCUAAGUAUCUCAAGCACUGCUUGGAGCAAGGGUUGCCCGUCCCGACAGACCUGGUCGUCAACAUUUUGGAUAUGAAGAUUGAAGAGGGCGCACGACAAGACAGGUGGACUCUGAUUUGUGGGUUUCCAGCUAAUAUGGAAUCUCUUGUCGAGUUCCAGAGAAAGGUUAAACUGAUCUCACCUUUGUCUAAGCCUUUACUUACCUCGUUAGGUUCAAAAAAACAACUUCUCAGUAUUCUUGUCGAGACCAGCGGCUCUCGAUCCUAA